UGCCAGUGCUCUUCUCUGCUUUAUCCUGCCUGGGGGAAUUGGCACACUGGCUAGCAGUGCUGCUGCAUUCUUCCCUUGUUUCUAGGCUUGCUCAACUAGCUCACAAUUAAAACCUCUAUUUGCAGCAUGUGGGAUAGGAGGCUGCCUGGAUUUGAGUGAGGGCAACGGCCUUCAUCUUCAGUACUCCAUCUUGUGGAUAAUCUUUAGGAUGAGAAGCUGUGCCUGCAGGGAUGAUCAACUGACCUCUGGGGUGGCUUUCAGCUGUAUUUCAGGCAACAUCUUUGUCGUCAGCUUGUCUGUCGCAGACUUGGUAGUCGCGGUGUAUCCGUAUCCUCUAAUCUUGAGUGCCAUUUUCCAUAAUGGAUGGACUAUGGGAAACGUUCACUGCCAGAUAAGUGGGUUCCUGAUGGGAUUAAGCGUCAUUGGGUCGAUUUUCAACAUCACUGCAAUUGCAAUCAACCGCUACUGUUACAUCUGCCACAGCCUUCGGUAUGAUAAGCUAUUCAACCUGAAGAACACCUGCUGCUAUAUCUGUCUGACCUGGACGCUCACGGUGGUGGCCAUUGUGCCAAACUUCUUUGUUGGCUCCUUGCAGUAUGACCCCCGGAUUUACUCUUGCACCUUUGCCCAGACGGUGAGUACAUCGUACACUAUCACAGUGGUGGUCGUCCACUUCAUUGUCCCACUGUCCAUCGUGACUUUUUGCUACCUUCGGAUCUGGAUUUUGGUGAUUCAAGUCAAACACCGGGUGAGACAAGACUGCAAGCAGAAGAUCAGAGCUGCUGACAUCAGGAAUUUCUUGACUAUGUUCGUGGUUUUUGUCCUUUUUGCUGUGUGCUGGGGACCAUUAAACUUUAUCGGCCUUGCUGUUUCAAUUAAUCCUUCCAAAGUGCAGCCACACAUUCCAGAGUGGCUUUUUGUCCUAAGCUAUUUUAUGGCCUAUUUUAACAGCUGCCUCAAUGCUGUGAUCUAUGGGCUGCUUAACCAGAAUUUCCGAAAGGAGUACAAAAGGAUAUUGCUGAUGCUUCGGACUCCCAGGCUGCUCUUCGUCGAUGUGUCCAAGGGUGGGACAGAAGGGCUGAAAAGCAAGCCAUCCCCAGCCGUAACAAACAACAACCAAGCUGAAAUACACCUAUGAGUCAGAAAAGCACUAUUUAUUCUGGGUUACACUUGUAUAUAUAAUAUAUAAGAGCCUUUCUGCCUGUGUAUUUCACAGCUGAUGUUGCUGGAUCCCAAACAGCUACCCCUUCUCAUGCAAGGAAGGAGCCUGCAACCUUUUGUGCCCAACUUAUCACCGUGACAGCACGACUUUGAGUAACAGUUUCCAGAAGAGUAACAACUGACCUUUACCUUUUAUUUUCCUAUACCAUCUUUCACUGUGUGCCUAAUUAAUUGCUUUGGUUGCUUUUGUCACAAGCAUGCCAAUACCCUUGAAAAGGGAAGCACUCAGAGAGCAUGGAAAAAUGCAUUUGUAUUUGAAAUGCAACUUGCAAAAUUGCCAUAUAUUUUGAACCAGCAUUUCCUUCCUCCCUCUGAAUUCUGUUCUGUAGCUUAACAUAACCCAGGCUACAGCAAUCAAAGUGUAAACUGCAUGACCUUCUCAGUUAGGUUAGUAACAGUAUUCACCAGCCGGCAGACUUAGGAACACAUUGACUUCCACUGUGUGUGCUCAUUUUCCUUCUUCUUUUGUUUUACAAUGUAGUAACUAGGCUGGGCUAGAGAUGAGGCAAGCAGAAGCCAGACCUCCUGAGUGUCAGAUGUGCUCAUUUUAAUUGAAUCUCUGCAGAUAUUAAGUACCCUUGUACUCUCCUUCCAGGCCAUGAAUAAGAGUACAGCACAUGACAUAAUCUAAUUGCAGGAAGAUACUUGGAGCUUGCUUCUAAUUUGGGCAGUAUCCUGUCAUGGCCAGCAUCCAUUCCAAGUAUCUCUCAGAAGUCCCUUCUGCAUUAACAUCAUACAAAUGAUAAACACAGCAGAGUCCUAUCCAUUCAAUGCACGUGCAGGCUUUUAAUAGAAGAAGAAAAUGAGGUUCCAGUAAUAUUUACACUUGCAGAUAAAAGCAAGAGGGUAAGAAAGUGUUGGUUUCAGACUCUCCUUUUGCCCACCAUAUGGCAUGAACUUGAUGGGGAAAAAAGUGGGGUAUUUUCUUCCAUUUUAUUCAUGUACAAAGUAGUGAUUAAUACACAGGAGUUCAGAGGGGAAAACUUGUUAAGCGUGUUCAUGCAUCUGUUUUCAGUUAAAGCCUGAACUCUGUUGUCUUUGUUGCUUUAACGAUGUUCUGAGUGCUAAGGCCAGCAUCACAUUAGCAAGAAGCACAGGGGCAGAGAUAAGGCUGUUCCUUUAAUGGAGUGUGUGUAGGGAGGCUGGUUGCUGUCUUUAAAUACGACUUUGUUUUUCCUUAGCCUUACUGCAUAUUCAUCUCCCUGUGGUUUUAAAUGAGGGAAUCCUGCUUUGAGACAUUAAAUCAAUAUAGAACUGCCCUGAUGCAACUGUGUCCUCAGGAUGGCAGACCUGUCCUGGUGCUGGUCUACUGUGGCACAGCAGGAGCUGUGCAGUGGGUCGGAGCAGGUCUGAACCCCAUGUGUGCAGCAAGGAGAGGGAGAAUCCCUGCUCUUCACCAAGGAGAGUCUUGUUAAGGCACUGACCGUAGACCAAAGCGGGACUGGUUCCCGGGGCUGAGCCUUGAAACACUGAAAGCCAGACUCUGUAGCAGCAGGCUGGUGCCUAGAAAUGGAGGUAGGUAGGAUUUACAGAAGACCCUGGGCAAACCAAGUGCCUAAUCCUUAUCAAAGUUAAGCCAUUUGUGCAUCACUUGCUGAAAGCGUCUUGUUGCUUGAACAUCCCUACUGCUGAAUUCUUUGAGGGAAGAAGAGUUUUAAGAAACUAAGCCUCUUUGUAGAUCAGGCCAAGAAACACUGUAGAGUGCAUUGCUUCAGUGAGGUCUGCUGCAGUGUGAGUGGGUGUCCACGAUUUCAUGGUGCCUUGGCACUUUGUGACAUUUUCAGACUUGAACAUCUUCACAGCUUCAGAUAAUUAUUGUUUUAAAAUGCACUGCAGCCAGCAUCCCAUAAUAGGAAUCAAGCUGAGUUCUGUUUUGGCCUCUUAAUCUGCCUGUGCAUGGCCAAAUAAAGGUAUAUUGACCCUCAGAAAUAAUGCGGUCUGGUUGCUUUACAGCAAAGCCAGUCUGGAUGAAUUCACACCAUUCUGUGCAAACAAAGUCGUUUCAAGUCAAACUUGGAUAGGAAAAGCACCAAGGCGCCUGGAGCUGCAGGGAGUUUCUCCUGGCGCCCAGGGAGAUGUUCGUGUGCCGUGACCAGUCCUCAGCCCAGCGUGCAAUUGGCCAGCAGUGUUAGUCAGAAUCACGUUAUCAAGUUAUCUAACCACUCAGUACCGACCCAAACCUAAGGCACUCCUUUAAGGCAGUCAUUUGCUUUUACUUUACAGGUUUGCCAAAUGUCUCAUAGUCCCCCACAACUGGGGCUUCAUAUUGUGGUUCGUUGUCUUUGCAGCUGAAUGUUCAAUGCAGGCCACGUGAUGUUUUUUCUUUAAGCUUGGAUUUGCACUAUUUCUUAUUCAGGCUCCAAGGUAACAGCCAGCGAGCACUGAACCAAAUAGAGUAAGCCAAAGAGCUCUCAGCAGGCAGGUGAUGGAUCCUCUGCUGGCUCCUCGUAGGAUGAGGAGCACCAUGGGCAUCUUCUGGGGACUCACAGGGUCACUGCUGAAGUGAACUAUGCAAAGCGAUGGGGCCUCAGCUUCUCUCCUGCCGUAGGUCUGAGCCCUGUGCAGGGCUUGCAGGGACGGGCUGAGUGAGGUGGGUCCCUGCUGCCCCCAGCAUGGGGAUGGGUGCUGCAAUGGGCUCCAGAGCUUUGACAGCACCAGGAGCUCACCCCAGCACAACCCAGUCAGGACACCAGGCUGUCCCAGCAGGAGGGUUCCACUGCCACAGAUGGGUUCCUGAGCAAAGUCCUGCCAGAGGUGGUGGUCCUCACUGCCCAGCGGAUAAAGCAGGGAUUGUGGCUUCAAACAGAAAACACUGUGCCAGUUGCUAGCACUUUGAUACAGAGACAGUACUUAGGAUAGGAUAGAGUAGAUUUUUAUACUGAGUUAUUUUAAGACUGCCCAAGCAGCUCCUUAUUUUCAUGCUAUAAAAUGGUUAACAGGGUAGAGAGAGUUUAUUUUGUUAACGUUUGUUUACAGAAAAACUGAAGUGUUUCUUAUACUGGGAAGGAAUCCUGAGCAGAGUCUGUUUCCUUCUAAGAAUCUAGCUUGAAUCCAAUUUGAGCGUUCAAGGAGAUCCCACAUCUUAACCUGUGCUCUGCCAGUGUCACCUGUCGUAUACCUGACCUUGAGUUUCAGAAAUAAGGCUGACCUCUCCUAGGAAAAGGAUUUACACCACUUGCUCUGGAUCUGGCGUGGUGGUGUUGAGUAGAGCCUGGCCCCAGGUCCUGAAAUUGUCACAGUGGGCAUGAACUGCUGGAGAGACAGUAUUGUUGUGAAGGAAGACGAAUCUCCUGCUACAAAGAAAUACUUCGGCAUGUUGGUAACAGAUGUUGUUUAAUCUAUUUAAGAGGAAUAUAACUGGUAUAUUUAUAUAUGAAUAUAUAUUGCAUAUGCUGUUUCCACUUUAUCAUUUGAUUAAGAAAUUUUCAGUAUACUUCCUACUGCAAUUAUUUGUUCAUAAAGUAGAUUUGUUCCCUUUACCUGUUAAAGCUGUAAUAAAUUUCCCACUGGACUGUUGUUUUUUUUUCCCCUUGGCAGUUAUUUUUUAAUAAAUAAUUGAAACAACA